AUGAUUGCGUCUUACAUUCUUGAAGGUACUUUGGAGGCACUUAGUCCCCCAUCUAUGGAAGGUUUAGAUGUUUUGGUGGAAAAUAACAGAGCUUCAGCACCGAAUGACAAUGUUAUCUCCAAUGGAACUGUACAGUUGCAACCAACAGUUUCAAAGAGUUUCUUUAGCACAAAGUCCAAGCAGAAGAACUAUACUUCGCUCAAUGCUGUUACUUCAGUCGUUGAUGGUUUAAAAAUAUUGUACAAUGAGAAGCUAAAGCCUCUAGAAGCUACUUACCGGUUCAAUGAUUUUGUUUCUCCUUUUCUGACUAGUAGUGACUUUGAUGCAAAACCUAUGGUCAUGCUUUUGGGUCAAUACUCAACCGGGAAAACAACUUUUAUCAAGCACUUGCUCAAAUCCAACUAUCCAGGUGCUCAUAUUGGACCCGAGCCAACUACUGACCGAUUUAUUGUUGUCAUGUCUGGGCCCGACGAAAGGAGUAUUCCUGGCAAUACAGUCGCAGUUCAGGCCAACUUGCCAUUCAAUGGUUUGACUACUUUUGGUGGAUCUUUUUUGUCAAAGUUCGAGUGUUCGCAAAUGCCACAUCCCCUGCUCGAGCAUAUUACUCUUGUCGACACUCCUGGGGUUUUAUCCGGUGAAAAACAACGUACACAAAGAAGCUAUGAUUUCACGGGUGUCAUAUCAUGGUUUGCUGCAAAAUGUGAUAUGAUUCUCCUUUUGUUUGAUCCACAUAAGCUCGACAUUAGUGAUGAGUUCAAGCGGGUGAUUUCGUCACUACGUGGUCAUGAUGACAAAAUACGAGUUGUUUUGAACAAAGCUGAUCAAUUGAUGAGAGUUUAUGGUGCACUAAUGUGGUCGCUUGGAAAAGUCUUGAACACUCCAGAGGUGUCUCGUGUCUAUAUUGGAUCAUUUAAUGACAAGCCUGUGAACAAGACUGCUGUUAGCUCUAUGGGUGAGGAACUCUUUGAGAAAGAGCAAGACGAUCUUCUCCUCGACUUGAUAGAUAUACCAAAGAAAGCUUGUGAUCGACGGAUCAAUGAGUUUGUGAAACGUGCCAGAGCUGCUAAGAUCCAUGCUUACAUAAUUAGCCAUCUCAAGAAAGAGAUGCCGGCUUUAAUGGGCAAAGCCAAAGCACAAAAAAGACUCAUUGAGAAUCUUGAAAAUGUAUUUGCAAAGAUCCAACAAGAAUUUCAUUUGCCAGCCGGAGACUUUCCGGAUGUGGAGCAGUUUAGGGAAGUUUUAAAUCGUUAUAACAUUGAUGAGUUUGAAAAAUUGAAGCCAAAAAUGAUUCAGGUCGUUGAUGACAUGCUUGGUGUUGAUAUUCCUGAGCUGUUGAAAAGCUUUAGGAACAUUUAUGAUUAGAAUUGGGAAAGAAACAUUUCAAGAAGGCUUGAAAGUUCUGUUAAUUUGAGUUUUGGACAAAUUUGUUCGAAUGACAUUUCAUAUUUGAAUUCUUGAGCGUUUGGAAAUUUGCUUUAUGUAGUCAGGCUUUGAACUCUUGAUUGAAAUUUUUGAGGAAAUUCUGCAUAUGUUAAAAACAGGUGCUACGUACCAAUGGAUAAAACUAAACUUGAGGAUAUAGAUUAUUUGAUGAGAUGUGUGAAAUCUAAGUUCGGAAAUGACUUAUUUGACUUUGGCAUACUAAUUUUAUUUUCAGUAGUUUUAGUACUUUGUCUGGCCUUGUGAUACCCUGAAAAAUCAUGAGAUAAUUACCCCCUUCACCUCCCGAUAUUCUUUUAAGCACAUAUAUACGAUAGUGAGUUUUUAAUUGGUUGAAUACCAAAAUUGUAUUUUAAUUUUCCUUCUCUCUUAAAAUUGAUGGUCCGUCAAAUUCAAUUCUCUCAAAUUCUCCUCGCCCUUUCUUUUUCUCUCGUUAUCUUUCUUCUUAUCCUAAUUAAUUUCUUUUCAAAUCGAUCGUCCUCGUCUUCCUUCAAACCCUAAAUCCAAAUCGAAGGGGUUGGGCCAAGCUAUGGAGCCAGAGGACGCGGGAUCCGGGCCGAAGGUCGCAAAACACGGUAUCGGCUGGAAGCAGACGGCGGGGUACAAGGAGAAGAAGGCGACAAUUGCGGAGGAGAUGAAGAAGAUGCGUCGGUUGUCGAUCAACAGCAGCCAUGUCGCCCACCGUCUGCGUUUGUUGGACAAAGUUUAUUAGCUUCUGCUAGCCCUGGUUCGUUUGUGGGGAUGUGAAUCAAAUUGUUGUUAUUAUUUGUUAAUUUUGUAAUUAAUUAGUGUAACCGGUAGUUAGCUUUGAAGAGAUUAGGAUUUUGGGUUUUCUAUUUUCUCCUACUGAUGAAGAAGGUUUCAGAAUUCUGCGUUUUUCUUUUUCUUUUUGUGAGGUAGUUUGUAAGCAAAAAUAUUAAUGUGAUGUUUAUCUUGAGUUGAUUUUUGUUAAAUUAUUUUUAAAAAAUUUGUUUGAAUUUAAUUUUGUCAAAUAUAAUUUG